AUGCUUGUACUUGCUCAAUGGCACUGCCCUGCUAUGGCUGGGUCCAACAGCUCUUCCAUCCCCACCCUGGAGGCACACAUUCGUGAAUUCAACCCGGAUUCUUGGCAUAACCUAAUUGGUGUCGACCCCCAAGAUCCCGUCCUCUUCACAGGGACGAUCGCAUCCAACAUUGCGUUCGGGAACUCAGAUGCAACUAGAGAACAGAUUGAAGAAGCAACUCGGCAGGCGAAUUGUGAAUUCGUAUGGGGGAUGCCAAAAGGAUCUGAUACCGAAAUUGGGAGACUAAGCCUGAGUGGCGGACAACGUCAACGCCUUGCGAUUGCGCGCACACUCUUGAAGAAGCCGGCGAUACUGGCUAUGGACGAGGCGACGAGCUCGUUAGACGCGACGUCUGAAUAUCGGGUCAACGACGCGAUUGACAAGAUCCUGAGCUCGAGACAAACGACAUGUAUGAUUGUUGCGCACCGGAUAUCGACCAUUGCGCGUGCAGAGAGGAUUGUUGUACUUGAAGGUUUCCGCGCCUUGAUGGCCGCACAACUCGAUACAACAACGGCAGAUAUCCUUGUUUUAUUAAAUUCUCGAGAAUCCGAACGCAGUACAAUUGUCGACAAGAACGAAGCACUAGGAGAGCCUGAAGGUUCGAUUGCAUGCAUAACUGUGUCUUAA